ACCAGGAGAGCUUUUUGGUCAACGUAACGUCAACGUCUGCCCUCCCAAGAUGAGUGGUGGCCUAGCUCCUAGUAAAAGCACAGUCUAUGCAUCUAAUUUACCAUUUACCCUGACCAACAAUGAUCUCCAACAGAUCUUCAGCAGAUUUGGACAGGUUGCUAGAGUUACCAUAGUAAAAGAUAAAGAGACCAGGAAAAGCAAAGGAGUGGCCUUCAUUUUGUUUGUACAAAGAGAUUCUGCAUACAAGUCUAUCAAGUCUCUUAAUGGAAGAGAGCUGUUUGGUCGUAAGUGGAAAGUGUCUAUUGCAGAUGAUAAUGGCAGAGCGGCAGAUUUCAUACGCAGAAGGAACUAUCCAGAUAAAUCAAGAUGUUAUGAAUGUGGGGAGUUUGGCCAUCUCAGCUACAGUUGUCCCAAAAAUACCUUAGGAGAUAGAGAACCACCACCUAAGAAAGAGAAGAAAAAGAAAAGAGAUCAAGAAGAAUCUUCAAAACCGAAGAGAAAAUACUAUGAUUAUGAUGAUGAUGACUAUGAGGAUAGUGAUGAUGAUGAACAAGAAGGUGAGGAUCCUAAAUUAGAAAGCUUACAUGCCGCAAUUAACAGCCAGAGAGAAAAAGCUGAAGAAGAAGAGUAUCGACAGAUAGUAGCAUCUGGUAGUUAUGACCUUGCUUCAAGUAGUUUACAACCUAUGGUUAAAAGACCAAAGGUUAAAAAGAAUGCUUAUUUCAGUGACGAAGAUGAAAUUAGUGAUUGAGGUAGUGGGUUUGAGGAUCAAACUUCAUUCUGUCACGCUCUCAUUGUGAUGGAACCUCCAAAGAUGGUCUACUGUAUCAAUCCUGGAGUUAAGCCAGUGCAGGAGCAUCAUAAAACCCUCAUUAUGCAGGGCUGAAUGAAAGAUGCUGAUGCUGAAACUAUGGGUCCUUCCCACUGAUGAAUAAACUGAUAUACAGGUGAAUCUAUCUGCCAAAGUCAAAUUUGUAAAGUCCACAGAACUUUGCUUGACUUUAAUAGAAGAAGUACAUGUAUGUCUUGCUUGAUCUGGGAUCCGUAACGCAAAGCUUAGCAAUGGUCGUAGAAUGUUUUUCUACAUUUGAUUACAUCGACUACAAUGUACAAUCAGUCAUAAAAAUCAAGCGUACAAAAAUGGCUAACCUUUGUGUUAUGGGACCCAGGUCUUGAAAAUAGCUUUGCCCAAUAGAAGGUUGAUUUAUGUGGAUCCACUGUACAUGGGACCUGUAAUUGCAGCAGUAUUAGCUUCCAUGUAAAGCACACACUUCCCACUGUGAAAAGAUCCAUUCAGAUAUCUCCAUCACAAAGGCAUCCUUGAAUCAAAAUUUUCCAGAAAGUUUGGUUAUGGGAAAUAAGAUUUUUCAAGUGCAAUGGGUUUGUAGAUGUUUAUUCCAUGUAGUCUGUAGAAAGUGAAUCAAGAUUCAGUGAAAAUAGUGAUGAGUAUACAUUGAUUAAUACAACUUAAGAAUACAUGUAUGUUGUUUGCUUACCAAGCAUCACAUAUAGGUGUAUGCAAGCAUGAGAGCAUUACAAUAUCCCCAGGAAGCAGUACACAUAUCAUUUGCAGAUCAGCCUUAUAUGAGCUAUUGUUUGUAGUUCUUUAAUUUUUAUAUUACUUUUUAUAUUUAUGCAAUGAGUCAGUUAUUACUCAUGACAUUAUUUUUGUUUUGGUAUUGCAACCACCA